CAUGGUGACUUCUGCCUUUUGGCUGCUUUUGCUGCAUUUGAUUUUCAUGCUUCAAACUCCGGUGGUGAAUACUUGUCUUGGCGGGUGUGAAAGUCUUCCAGACAUAAAAUAUGUCAACUGCUCAGACAGGAGUGUCGUCACCGCUCUCGACAACUUUCCAGUCAACACAGAGUAUUUGGACAUGUCCAGGAACCUUCUGACGACGCUCCCCUCAGGCUCCUUUGGGCCUCUUUGGGGUCUGAAGGUGUUGCUGCUGAGAGAGAAUAACAUCACUUCGGUGGCCGACGGAGCCUUCGUCAAAUUAAACAGUUUAAGGAAGUUAGACUUGAGUCAGAACCAGCUCUCUGCCCUUGGUGAUGGCUUCUCACUCGGCUUGGACUCCCUUACAGAGCUUGUCCUAGCUCACAACCACCUCAGCGUCCUGGAAAGCACAAAUUUUGAAAACCUCCACAAUCUCGUGAAGCUGGAUGUGAGCGCCAACAUCAUUGAAAUCGUCAAACCCAGAGCGCUGGGUAGCUUGACAGCUUUGCGCCGUCUCCACUUCCAGAGAAACAGGCUCACCACUCUGGGACUAGACUUCUUCUCAACAUUACACUCUGUAGAGGUGCUCAGACUUCAGGGUAACCAAAUAAACAUGACUGAACCAGGGGCCUUUGCUUCACUAUGCAAUCUGGUUCUGCUUGAUCUUACCUUCAACCAACUAUCUGGGCUGCACUUCAAGAUGCUGCUGGGCAUUUGUGCAUCUAAUGCACAUGUCCUGCUGGAGGGGAACCCAUGGCAUUGUGACUGUGACCUGCAGAGGGUCUUCAGAAAGCUGGCCAGCAUCCAUCGCUUAUUUCUAGAUGACUAUGAGAAGCUGAGGUGCAAUGAACCAGCAGAAUUAAAGGGUUCUUUGAUGGUGGAAGUGGCUGAUGGCCUGUGUGUAGCUGAGACAGUGACCGUUCUUAUUCUGACUGUCACAGUUCUGAUUACAGUGCUAGCUGCCAUUGUCAUGGGGGAGAAGAAUAAGAGACGUGGCUCAGCUAAAGAUUGGACAGAGGAGACCAGUCUGGAUGAUUACUGUGAUAAUUAAACUAAUUAAUUUGUUUCUUUGUUUGUUGGGAGAGAAGAAGAGAAAUUUGACAGUAGAUGAACUUUCUGUCAUGAAGAUUUUAACUUUAAGGACCUGACCAAGGGCUACUGGCACAAAAGAAUUAAAGCAAAAGCAGCAUCUGGAUAUUUGUUUCCAGGUGUGUGUUUCUGAC